AUGAUGACCACUCCAACUUCCUUUCAAAUCAACAUCCCAGAAUCCUCCAUAAAGUCUCUCCACGACAAACUAAGCCUGGCUACAUUCCCGGACGAGCUCACUGACGCAAAUUGGGAACUCGGUGCCCCUCUCUCGCACGUGAAGCGACUAUCUGAGUACUGGCAUAAUGGCUUCGACUGGCGCGCGCAAGAAGCCAAACUGAACAAAUUGCCGCAAUUCAAAAGUAAAAUUGCCACAGAGAAGUUUGGGGAACUGGACGUCCAUUUUGUGCACGAGAAGAGCAAGGUGGAUGGGGCGAUUCCGUUGUUAUUUGUUCAUGGCUGGCCUGGAAGCUUCAUAGAAGUGACGAAGCUGCUCCCCAUUCUGACGGCAGGUUCGGAGACCCAACCAGCUUUCCACGUCGUUGCGCCGUCUCUCCCAGGGUUUGGGUUCUCUGAUGGCCCCAAAGAGAGAGGAUUCGGCUUAAAGCAACAUGCUGAAACGGUGCACAAUCUUAUGCUCUCUCUGGGCUAUGAUGAAUAUGGUAUGUCCAACUCAAGUAUCCUGUCCCCUUGCUAA